CAUAGCAGCAACCCUUGUGCUGAAAAAAUUUUGAAUGGUUUUAAGUCGACUGAAAAUAAGCUCAUGUGCCAGUCUAUCGACUGCCUGCUUUGAACAUAACUUGACCAGUGACUACUAGGAAGAUGUAAAUAUGAUAAAGGUACUCUUGGUUUUGCAGGAUCUGAAUACUCCAAAUGCAGAAAUGAUUUGGCAACUAGCAUCUUACUGGUCACCCCUGGUUACACCCCUGAUUUUUGGUCUGCUUCUGCAGCCACCACUCACACAGCCUUCCAUCAUCACACAGCCAAACAUUGUCCUGUUGAUGGCUGAUGAUCUCGGCAUAGGGGAUGUAGGUUGCUAUGGGAAUGAUACUAUCAGGACCCCGAACAUUGAUCGCCUGGCAAAGGAAGGAGUGAAACUGACCCAACACAUUGCUGCGGCUCCUCUUUGCACCCCCAGCAGAGCAGCUUUCCUCACCGGCAGAUACCCACUCCGAUCAGGGAUGGAUGCUAUAAACAAUUACCGUGUUAUUUUUUGGAAUGCGGGCUCAGGAGGCCUUCCUCCAAAUGAAACCACUUUUGCCAAAAUACUGCAGCAGCAAGGCUACACCACAGGAUUGAUAGGGAAAUGGCAUCAAGGUGUUAACUGUGAAUCCCGCAAUGACCAUUGCCAUCACCCUUUAAAUCACGGAUUUGACUAUUUUUAUGGGAUGCCUUUUACGCUAAUAAGUGACUGUCAACCAACGGAAACACCGGAGAUGGACAGAGCCUUUAGAAGGAAACUCUGGCUCUAUACUCAAAUGAUUGGCCUCAUUGUACUCACUGCUGCCCUGGGAAGGCUGACUGGCUUGAUCCCCGUCCGCUGGAAAACACUGACCUGCCUUGCUGGCUUUUGUCUCCUGCUCUUUGUAUCCUGGUUCUCAAGUUAUGGGUUUGUUCGAUACUGGAACUGCAUCAUGAUGAGAAACCAUGAAGUUACUGAGCAGCCAAUGGUGACAGACAGAACUACGUCCCUUAUCUUGAGAGAGUCCAUUUCAUUUAUUGAAAGAAAUAAGCACAAGCCAUUCCUCCUCUUUCUUUCCUUUUUACAUUCCCACACCCCUCUCCUCACCACAGAGAAGUUUCUUCGGAGGAGCAGACAUGGUUUAUAUGGUGACAAUGUAGAGGAGAUGGACUGGAUGGUGGGUCAGGUUCUAGAUGCUAUUGACAAGGAAGGAUUGAAAGAUACUACACUAGUUUACUUUGCCUCUGAUCAUGGUGGAUGGCUGGAAAGACAAGAAGACAAAAGGCAGCUGGGUGGCUGGAAUGGAAUAUACAAAGGUGGAAAAGCUAUGGGAGGCUGGGAAGGAGGAAUUCGUGUUCCAGGGAUAUUUAGAUGGCCAGGAGUGUUACCUGCAGGCACAGUUAUUGAUGAACCUACAAGCCUUAUGGAUAUUUAUCCUACAGUAGUUCAUCUGGCUGGAGGGGAAGUGCCUCAGGACAGGAUCAUUGAUGGCCGGGAUCUGAUGCCUUUACUGCGAGGAACGGUUGCGCACUCAGAGCACGAGUUCCUGUUCCACUACUGUGGCAUUCAUUUACAUGCUGCGAGGUGGUACCAGAAAGACAGUGGAGCCAUUUGGAAGGCUCACUAUGUGACCCCUAUCUUCAGUCCUCCCGGAGCUGGGGCUUGUUAUGAUAGAGGAUUUUGCCCAUGUUUUGGGGAAGGCGUGACCCAUCAUGAUCCUCCACUGCUGUUUGAUCUCUCACGAGACCCUGCUGAAGCCAAACCUCUCUCAGCUGACACUGAGCCCCUCUUUGACACUGUCAUAAGGAAGAUGGGGAGAGCCAUCAAAGAGCAUCGCAGGACACUGACUCCAGUCCCAGAGCAGCUCUCUGUGUACAACGUGGUGUGGAAGCCGUGGCUGCAGCCGUGCUGUGGGACAUUCCCAUUCUGCUGGUGUGAUAAGGAAGGUGAUAGUAAACUUGCUGACCUAUAAAGGACAGAAACAGAUACUUCCUCAGAAAUGUAUUUAGAUUAAGAGUGUUUUCUUUGGGGGUGUUGAUAGGUGGGUCAUUUGUUUCUCUAAAUGGAGCCUUUAUAUAAGAAUUGUUCCAGUGAAUGGCACAGUAUUUAGUUAAGGUGACUAUAGGCUGGGCACUCUCAGGGAAGGAUUAAGACAGAAUGCUCUGAAGACUAUGUUUUAACUUGCAUCUGCUGACAACUAAAUGAAUAGUUCAAAUGCACUGAAGCAGGCCAAGGUUAGAGCUGUACAAGUAAUGAUACAACUUAUGUUUUGAUGAUUACAAAUGUACACUCAGAAGCUUUGGUUUUGUUUUUUUGUGCUGAAUUUCUAAGUGAUUCCUGGACUGAGGUCUUCCUUAACUUUGUUAUCCUUAAAGAGGAUGCAUAAAAUGCCCCUAUAAUAAAUUUUUGCAGACUGAUUGCUUCCAAAAUAAUGAAAAAAUAAUUUUGUCCAGAAACAUGACAAGCUGGGUAGCAGCUGUCUGCACUCUCUGAGAAGGAUGGGACUCCUCUGAUUGGAGUCAGCCUCUUUUGAUGGAGAACACAAAAGGGAAAGGAUUUUUCCUUUCCAAAACUCCCAUCCCACCCAGCUCCCUAAGCAGCACUGGGAAGGGCAUUUUGGCAUUGAUCACCACAAAAUGCUGCACUGAUAAUGAGUUCAGUUAUUUGGGCACAUGAUUGCACAGAUUACCCUGCUGCCCAUAUCUCAGUCAUAUCUCACUGCUGCUGACAAGUAACAGGUUCAGAAAAGACUCUGAAAGAUAUCAAACACUAACUAUGAAAACAAACAGUAAUUUGUUAUGGAAAAAAGAAAUGCAAAAUAAAGAUAUUUUUUGCUUCACGAGUUCCUUUUUCACGCCACCAAAGAGCUAGAGUUACUAAGGUCUCUCUCUUCACUCUUGUUCUUUCUUUCACUGCAGUUCUUUUCUCCUUUGUGUUAAAAUAAUUGUUUCUAUUUAAUUGGCUUUGAAGGUAAUGCUUUUCAUUGUAGGGAAUAAAAUUCACCUGUU